GAUCUCCCCCACUACGCUGCUAAGCUGAACCUUGGAAUUGAGUUCUGAUUUAUUCACCCAUCUGUCCGAACAUCGACCAUGCCCAGGGGCAAAGCAAGCGCGAGUGCGCGCGGUAGACCAGGCAAAGGUAAAGACACCACCACCGCCAAUGGCGCCCGUCAGCCAAAGACCUCGCGCACCCAGAAGGCUGGCCUGCAGUUCCCCGUAGCCAGGAUCCACCGCAUGCUCAGGAGAGCGAACUACACCCUGCGCGUGGCGUCUGCGGCCCCUGUCUACCUCGCUGCUGUGCUGGAGUACCUCUCAGCGGAGGUGCUCGAGCUCGCGGGCAACGCGGCGCGGGAUAACAAGAAACGGCGCAUCAAUCCGCGGCAUCUGCAGCUUGCGAUCAGGAACGAUGAUGAACUCAACAAGUUGCUCGGUAACGUGAUCAUAUCCGAGGGAGGCGUUAUUCCCUUUAUCAACCCUGCGUUGUUACCAAUCAAGACGAAGGACAAGCGAGGACCAAGUCAAGAGGUCUAGCCUGCGUCUCUCGGAGCACACCCGGCUCGUUACCAUACCGCGACGAGUUGCUCGCCCUGACAUCAGCAUCCAAUUUAUCGGGUCUCUUAUUCAUCAGCUUAUCUGUAACGAGCAUUGUCCAUGUACAUGUGUAUAAGUAUAUCCAGAUAUUUCAGUCCAUCUGUACGAUAUACCCUGAGUUCGAACGCAUCGCUCGUCCUAUGACUCCCGCGUCAUAGAGCCCCGUAAGGUCCAGUUCCGAUGUGCAUGCACCUGUGCUUCAGCAGCAUCCCCCACGUCUGGUGUUGUAGGACCUCCAGGCGCUCUAGUCGGGACCGUGACAGUGCGCGACGCAUAAUUUAGAGGCAGAGGAUCCCGCGAGUGCCUUCUGGAGCCACGGAAGCGACACCGCAGUGUGGCUGGCACGCCCUUGAGCGAUUGUGAAUUCGGCGGUCCUGGGAGCCGGCCGUUCACCCCAUCAGGAGAACGUCGAUGCUCUCGAG